AUGUUUCGUUCCAAUCUUGGAGCUAGUCUAAGCUCACUAAUAAGACCAAUAUCAAGGCCACAUAAUAUACCCGCCACAUCUGCAUCCUCUUCAUCAUCAUAUCUCCGAUCAAUUCAACGUAUACGUGCAUCACCAACAACAACCAACCCAUUCGCCAAUACUGCAAUUUCAUUCCCAUUCCAGCAAUUACGAUAUUCGUCAAUCAACCAAAUCCAACAUUUCAAACAUUUCCAACCACCAAAGAAAAACAUCACUAAAUCACCCGAUUUGCAAGGCAACCCCUUCAAAAAGGGAGUUAUAUUAAGGAUAAUGAUUUUGAAACCCAAAAAGCCAAACUCGGCAUUGAGAAAGUGUUGUAGGGUUAGAUUGACUAAUGGGAAAGUUAUCAGUGCGUUGAUACCUGGUGAAGGACACAAUUUGCAAGAGCAUCAUGUGGUUUUGGUUAGAGGCGGUAGAGUACAGGAUGUUCCUGGUGUCAAGUAUCAUUUAGUUCGUGGUGCUUAUGAUUUGGUGGGAGUGGCUAAUAGAUCAUCAUCAAGAAGUAAAUACGGAGUAAAGAAACCUAAGCAAUAA